GAGGCAGGCUGCGAGGGCGUUGCGCUCAAACUGGAUUAUCCCGAGUGUGUGUCACUGUUCCAGGUCAAUGCUGUCACCAUCGAUGGGAUCACACCCCUGUUCAAUGCCUGCUGCAGUGGCAGUGCUGCCUGUGCCAGCGUGCUGCUGCAAUUCGGAGCCAAGGCACAGCACGGGAACCAGCUGCCUUCACCCAUCCAUGAAGCCGUCAAGAGAGGUCACAGGGAGUGCAUGGAGACCCUGGUGGCCCACGGCGUUGACAUCGACCAAGAGGACCCGCAGCAUGGGACCCCUCUCUACGUGGCUUGCACCUACCAGAGGACAGACUGUGUCAAGAAACUUUUGGAGCUAGGAGCCAACGUGAACAUGGGGAAGCGAUUGGACACCCCCCUCCACGCAGCAGCGAGGAAAUCCAGUGUGGAGAUAGUGGUCUUGCUGACAGACUAUGGUGCUGACCCGAAAUGCAGGAAUGCUGACCUCAAAUGUGCCCUGGAUCUUGCCACACCCAACAGCAAAGUGGAGCAGGCACUUCUGCUUCGGGAAGGUCCUGCCAGCCUCGCCCAGCUGUGCCGGUUGUGCAUCAGGAAGCAUCUGGGGCGCUCGUGCCUGUACACAAUCCACAAGCUGCACCUGCCUGAGCCACUGGAGAACUUCCUCCUCUAUCGAUGAGUCUGUGACUGUCUUUAGACUGGAAAAGAAAGAGGAACAAAUAGUUGUUUACGCCAAGAUUAUAUAUCAAAGAAAAAAAUCAAAGGCAUCGUUUGCUGUCUUCUGUAGCUACCAAGCAUCAGCUGCUAUGUGACAGUGAAAAUUGAACUCUUCUUUUCACAGGCAGUGAAUGGCACUAUGGACACAGUUCCCUCAGUCUGUUGCCACACCAUUACACCAGCAUGAGAAGUUCCAGUACAUAAACAGCUCCCUUGGCACGUUUGUAGAUGCAUAUGCACAUGUCCAUUCACCCACAUACACACAGAGAUUUCCCCUGCAUUUAUUUGUGCAGUUUCUGUGCAACUCCUUUCCUUUGUCUAUCCAAUCUCAAUGUCAAAAUCAAGGUAUUAUGGAUAUUAUUAUAAGUGGGUAUUAUUCUUCCAUUAGGAUGUGAAAAUGAAAUGUGAAAAUGAAAGCUUUCAGUGAA